AUGGUUACUUUCCAAUGUUCCCAGUCUACCGCACUCAAGAGCAUUCGAUCCCUCGCCCCUCUCCUGGACCGAGUCCUGGUCCAGCGAAUCAAGGCCGAGCCGAGAACUGCCGGCGGUAUCUUCCUCCCGGAGAGCAGUGUCAAGGACUUGAACGAGGCCAAGGUCCUGGCCGUGGGCCCUGGCGGCUUUGACAAGGAGGGGCGGAGAUUAGCCAUGAGCGUCAAGGAGGGCGACAAGGUCUUGAUUCCUCAGUAUGGCGGCAGCCCCGUGAAAGUCGGAGAUGAGGAAUACCAUCUGUUCCGGGACCAUGAGCUUCUGGCAAAGAUCAACGAAUAG